UUGGGCCUCAGCCUUGCCGCCGCCUCCACCUCCUCCGCGGACGCCUCCUCCUUCUCCUCCUCCUCCUCCUCCGCUGCUACUGCUCCAGCUCCUGCUCACAGCACUAAACCCGAGACUGGACCGAGCGGAGUUGUGCGCGUCGCCGAAGGGGGUGGGUCGGGGGAGGGGAGGUUCGUUCACGGAGCCGCAGCCAGAACCGGGAGCAGAAAUCGUCUUCAACCCAGUGUGGUGCAUCUUUGACAGACGGAGAGAAGGAAAAUACCCUCAUUGUUCCUUGGCAUGGACACAGGCUCAGUGGGAGAAUUAGAAUUGGCUGAUCAGACUCCUGUUUUAUUAGGGACUACAGCCAUGGCAACUAGUCUUACGAAUGUUGGAAAUUCAUUCAGUGGUCCAUCUAAUCCUUUAGUUUCUAGAGCUAAUAAAUUUCAAAACUCAUCAGUGGAAGAAGAUGAUGAUGUUGUUUUUAUCGAACCUGUUCAAACUCCCCUACCUUCUGCACCAGUGGUAACUGAUCAAAGAACCAUAACAUUUACAUCAUCAAAAAAUGAAGAACUACAAGGAAAUGAUUCCAAAAUUCUUCCUUCCUCAAAAGACUUGGCUUCUCAGAAGGGAAAUGUAAGUGAGACAAUUGUCAUUGAUGAUGAAGAGGACAUGGAAACAAAUCAAGGGCAAGAGAAAAAUUCUUCCGAUUUUAUUGAACCUCGGAAACCUCCUGAGACUAAAAAUAGAACCAAUGAUGUAGAUUUCUCCACUUCCAGUUUUUCAAGAAGUAAGGUAAAUGCAGGAAUGGGUAAUAGUGGCAUCACCACAGAACCAGACUCUGAAAUUCAGAUUGCUAAUGUUACAACCUUAGAAACAGGUGUAAGCUCUGUGAAUGAUGGCCAAUUAGAAAAUACCGAUGGGCGAGAUAUGAACUUAAUGAUUACACAUGUAACAUCACUGCAGAAUACGAACUUGGGAGAUGUCUCUAACGGACUGCAGUCAAGUAAUUUUGGUGUUAAUGUACAAACAUACACCCCAUCUUUAACUUCACAGACCAAGACUGGAGUAGGACCUUUUAAUCCUGGUAGAAUGAAUGUGGCAGGCGAUGUAUUUCAGAAUGGAGAAUCUGCAAGUCAUCAUAGUCCUGAUUCUUGGAUUUCCCAGUCAGCCUCAUUUCCUCGAAAUCAGAAACAGCCAGGGGUGGAUUCUUUAUCACCAGUGGCCUCGCUUCCUAAACAGAUUUUCCAGCCUUCUGCCCAACAGCAACCUACUAAACCAGUUAAAGUCACUUGUGCAAACUGCAAAAAACCUUUACAAAAGGGACAAACAGCUUAUCAACGAAAAGGAUCUGCUCAUCUCUUUUGUUCUACGACCUGCCUUUCCUCCUUCUCUCACAAGCCUGCUCCAAAGAAACUCUGUGUUAUGUGUAAAAAAGAUAUAACUACAAUGAAAGGAACCAUUGUUGCUCAAGUGGACUCAAGUGAGUCCUUCCAGGAAUUCUGUAGUACGUCUUGUCUGUCUCUCUAUGAAGACAAGCAAAACCCUACUAAAGGAGCUCUAAAUAAAUCAAGAUGUACAAUUUGUGGUAAACUAACAGAGAUUCGCCAUGAAGUUAGCUUUAAAAAUAUGACUCAUAAGCUCUGCAGUGACCACUGCUUUAAUAGAUACAGAAUGGCCAAUGGUCUGAUAAUGAAUUGCUGUGAACAAUGUGGAGAAUACCUACCCAGCAAAGGUGCUGGAAACAACGUCCUGGUGAUUGAUGGUCAGCAGAAAAGAUUUUGCUGCCAAAGUUGUGUCAGUGAAUACAAACAGGUAGGUAGCCAUCCAAGCUUCCUGAAGGAGGUUCGAGAUCACAUGCAAGACUCUUUCUUGAUGCAGCCUGAAAAAUAUGGAAAACUGACCACUUGUACUGGUUGCCGAACACAGUGCAGGUUCUUUGACAUGACUCAGUGUAUAGGUCCUAAUGGAUACAUGGAGCCAUACUGUUCCACUGCUUGCAUGAACAGUCACAAGACAAAAUAUGCAAAAUCACAAAGUUUGGGAAUUAUUUGCCAUUUUUGUAAGCGAAACUCUUUACCUCAAUAUCAAGCCACAAUGCCUGAUGGAAAACUGUAUAACUUUUGCAAUUCCAGUUGUGUGGCUAAAUUUCAGGCUCUAAGUAUGCAGUCAUCUCCGAAUGGCCAGUUUGUAGCUCCAAGUGAUAUUCAGUUGAAAUGCAACUAUUGCAAAAAUUCCUUUUGUUCAAAGCCAGAAAUCCUGGAAUGGGAGAAUAAAGUGCAUCAAUUCUGCAGCAGAACCUGCUCAGACGACUAUAAGAAGCUGCAUUGCAUAGUUACAUAUUGCGAGUACUGUCAAGAGGAGAAGACUCUUCAUGAAACAGUAAAUUUCUCUGGCGUUAAGAGACCCUUCUGUAGUGAAGGCUGCAAACUAUUAUACAAACAGGAUUUUGCAAGACGCUUAGGAUUGAGAUGUGUUACUUGUAACUACUGCUCUCAACUAUGUAAGAAGGGAGCAACUAAAGAAUUGGAUGGUGUUGUGAGAGAUUUCUGUAGUGAGGACUGCUGUAAAAAAUUUCAGGAUUGGUACUACAAGGCUGCAAGGUGUGACUGUUGUAAAUCUCAAGGAACUCUUAAAGAGCGUGUGCAAUGGCGUGGGGAAAUGAAGCAUUUUUGUGACCAGCAUUGUUUAUUGCGCUUCUACUGCCAGCAGAAUGAGCCCAACAUGACAACUCAGAAAGGACCUGAAAACUUGAAUUAUGAUCAUGGUUGCCAGACAUCCCGAACCAAAAUGAUGGGUUCAGCACCACCCCCUUCUCCAACACCUAACAAAGAGAUGAAGAACAAAGCAGUUCUUUGCAAACCUUUAACAAUGACAAAAGCUACUUACUGUAAACCUCACAUGCAGACCAAAUCUUGUCAGACAGAUGACAAUUGGAAGACAGAGUUUGUCCCAGUGCCUAUCCCUGUGCCUGUGUAUAUCCCAGUACCCAUGCACAUGUACAGCCAGAAUAUCCCCGUUCCCACUACAGUUCCUGUUCCUGUGCCAGUCCCUGUUUUUCUGCCGGCUCGGGUGGACAGCAGUGAGAAGAACCCUGCAGCAGCUGAGGAGCUAAAGAGCAAAGUUUCUUCAGAUUCUCUUGAUACUGAGUUUCUUACAAUGACAGACAUGAUGACUGAAGACCAGGGGAAAACAGAUGCUGCUAACAUCAACAGUGUAGUUACUGAGACAGACAUAAUUGGUUCAGAUCUCUUGAAGAACUCUGACCCAGAGACACAGUCCAGCCUGCCUGAUGUAACAUAUGAACCAGACUUGGAUAUUGAAAUAGAUUUUCCCAGAGCUGCCGAGGAGCUUGAUAUGGAAAAUGAAUUUUUAUUACCACCUGUUUUUGGAGAAGAAUAUGAGGAACAGCCUAGACCUCGAUCUAAAAAAAAGGGAACCAAGAGAAAAGCUGUAUCAGGAUACCAGUCUCAUGAUGAUAGUUCUGAUAAUUCAGAAUGCAGCUUUCCUUUCAAAUAUACGUAUGGUGUAAACGCAUGGAAACACUGGGUCAAAACUAGACAACUUGAUGAAGAUCUUCUGGUAUUAGAUGAGCUAAAAUCUCCUAAAUCAGUAAAGUUAAAAGAGGAUCUGCUGUCUCACACCACGGCUGAGCUGAACUAUGGACUAGCUCAUUUUGUCAAUGAGAUCCGCCGGCCAAAUGGAGAGAGUUAUGCACCCGACAGCAUCUAUUAUCUUUGCCUUGGGAUACAGGAGUACUUGUGUAGUAGUAACCGAAAAGACAACAUAUUUAUCGAUCCAGGAUACCAGACAUUUGAGCAAGAAUUGAAUAAAAUCCUCCGAAGUUGGCAACCAAGCAUACUUCCAGAUGGGUCAAUAUUUUCUCGAGUUGAAGAAGAUUACCUCUGGAGGAUAAAACAACUAGGCUCACACUCUCCAGUAGCCCUUCUGAACACCCUGUUCUACUUUAACACUAAGUAUUUUGGCCUGAAAACAGUGGAACAACACUUAAGACUUUCCUUUGGCACUGUGUUUAGGCAUUGGAAAAAAAAUCCUUUAACAAUGGAAAACAAAGCAUGUCUUCGAUAUCAAGUGUCUUCUUUAUGUGGAACAGAUAAUGAAGAUAAAAUUACUACUGGAAAAAGGAAACAUGAGGAUGAUGAACCAGUAUUUGAACAAAUUGAAAAUACAGCCAAUCCUUCUAGAUGUCCUGUGAAAAUGUUUGAAUGCUACUUGUCUAAAAGUCCACAGAAUCUUAAUCAGAGAAUGGAUGUUUUUUAUUUGCAACCAGAAUGCUCUAGUUCCACAGAUAGCCCUGUCUGGUACACAUCUACUUCAUUGGACCGAAACACCUUGGAAAAUAUGCUUGUACGGGUUCUUUUAGUAAAAGACAUUUAUGAUAAAGACUAUUAUGAACUGGAUGAAGACACAGACUAAAAAGGAACGUUUCAGAAGCAGUCGGGAUAAAACAGCAUUAGAUAGUUAUGCUGCUAGAUCUUCAUUAUGGAAAACAUUUCAAGUUUACUUCUUCUGUUUUAAGUUUUGUAGCAGUGUACCCACACUGGGUAUUACCAUGUAAAUAAUCUGUGAGUGAAAGUUGCCAUUAUUCUAUGUAGUGGUUUUAGGAUACUUAACAAAGACAUUUAAAUUUUUUUUAUUAUUUAUUUGAUUAGAUAUGUUUGUAACUUUUUACAUUACAAAAUAUGAAUGAGAAUGUGCCAUGUAUAAUUUUUUUUCUUGUAGUAAGAAACAUACAUAUUGCACAAUUCUACUGUUGAAACGCUUCCUUGAAAGGGGGCCCUUUUACUGGGUUUUUGACCACAUGGUUGUGUAUGGAUAGCACUACUAAAAGUUUAGAACUUGCAGUGUCUUUCAGAAUUUUAAAAAUAAACUAUAAACUAAUAGGCUGGGUUUUUUUGGGGGGGGGGAGUUUUGUUUGUUUUGUUUUAUGUUUUAGUUACUGAAGCCUUACAAGGUUAUGGGGAGAGAGAGAGAGAGAGAGAGGGAAAGAGAGAGGCCAUCUUCUGUACCAAAAAUAGACGAGAGAAUGCUGUCAAUAUUGGUGUACUGUAAUGUGAAUCUAUACUGGUGAAAACAACUUUUGUUCUCCUUAUUAAAACCUUAUGUCCUUUUCUUAUUUGUGGCUUUCUGCAUCACUCCAAUCAGUUAUUUAAAUGUAUAUGUAUAUAUGUGUGUGUAUGAAGAAUGGUAUUGAAAACAUGAUCAUGAAGACAUUUUUUUUGUAAAAACAUCUGAUACGUCUGAUGAAAGUAUAAAAUUCUGUUUUCUUUUUUAUGCCAACUGUUACGUACCCAAAGUCUUUUACAGAAGGUUGCCCCCCCCCCCCACACACACACACCACACACACACACACACACACUCACUCUUUGAAGGAUAUAGAUCAUAUUACAAUACCUGCCUGGUGCUCCAUAACUUUCCCAAUAUUAUUAGAAUUCUUGUGCCUGCCCUCAAAUAUGAUUGAUGUGUACAUUGUAUAAAAUUAUUUUUAGAAAUGCCACUCCUGAAAUAGAAAGUCAGGCUAGUUUUAAAAGAUAGUAUCAUGUGUUACCAUGAAGAUUUACCAGUGUAGGGAUUCUGAUGUUUCCGAUUAUUAGCGGAUGAAGUUUAACUCAAAGGAAAUCGCCUUUGUUCUUAGAUUUUUUGGCUUUUAAAUUUUAAUUACUUCUUAUAGAAGAUUGCAUUAAAAAACGUUGUGCUUCUGCCUAGCAGUGUAUCUAUCCCUUUAGGCCUUUUCUUUUAGUGCUAGCUACAGACCGUUAUAAAGAAACCCUUUGGCCGACUUCAUAUGGCACAUGUGUGGUCAUGUUUUCUUGUUUCUGGUUCCUCAGUCGCCACGGUGACAUUACCUUUCUGAAAUUGCCAGGGGUGGGGCAGUUGGGUUCUUUCCCACAGUGGGUAGGCCGUGUUGCACAUUCCUUAGAUACUGCUCUCUUCUUCAGGAUAAACAUUAGUAUUCAGAAGAAUUUUCUUAGUCAUGAUUGGGAAAAUUUCACAAGUGUAAUCAAUAUAUAUUUAAGCAAUAAUACCAAAAAUAUUUUUGGCAUAAAAUUACUUUAAAUGUUCUAACUUUUUUUGUAAGUUUGAAUAGUGUUUCUCUCCUUUAAUUUUAUAUUGUCGAUUUGAUAAUCACACAGUAACAAAUCUCAUAAUACUUUACAAAAAUAGAUUGCUCAUUGUCUAUUUAAUGAAGAAAAGUAGGUAGCAUAUUUAAAAUAUAUAAUACAAGUUUCUUCAUACCUACCUUUUCCCAGAACUGUUUCCUUUCCCAGAACUACUUUCCCAGAAUUUUUCCUAUAAAUGAAUCUUGUUGAUAGGAGGGUGGUUGAUCCUGUCUUUUCCUCUUGAAAGUGGUGCUGUAGUCCAUCAGAGCAAUAAACUUUUUCCCAAAUGUCACUUAAUUUGUAUUUUACCAAAUACCACACAUUUCUGCCAUGCUCCUACUAUACUAAGCACCUUAUCUUGCUAUUUACAUUUCCUUUAUUGUACAGUUUAGCUUUUCUAAACAGAAAUGUCUACAUAAUUUUGACCUUGUCAUGAUUGAAGAUUUAGAGUUCCUGUGUUUGUCUUGAUUACAGUCCAAGGAUUGAGUAACUUGACUCUCAGGUGGAAAGAAAAAAAAUUACUAUUUAAUGAGAAUUGUUUGUUCUGUGAAGCUUCUCUCACCUAGAAUACAUUUCAUUGGUUUCUGGAUCUUCCUACUGUGUGCAGUCACAACUGACUGCAGAGCAAAAGAUCACAGUUUCUUUUUGCUUCUUAGCGAUAUCAGAUUACAGCAUCUUGUAAAUAUAACUUUAUUGCCUUUAGAUGCCUAUUGGAGAUGCUCUAUUUUUCUGUUCUGAAGAUUUUGCCACUUAAAA